AAUGGAUAAUUUCUGUCUACCAUAAGUAUAAACUGUAAGUUCGAUAGACAUAACAAUGCUCGCGUGUGUUUUUAUUUUGGCGGUGUACGGUACCCUGACAAUUGUUGAAACCAAUGGUCAGUCCGACUUUGACUGGUGGACAUGGAAAUUGGUCCAUCAGAAAAUCUACUUCGACGUGGCUAGUGAGCUUAUACACAGGCACAUUUGGGAAGAGAAUUACCGGCGUCUUCAGAAACACAACACAAACGCUAACACGACUUUUACCAUGGAACUGAAUCACCUUGCUGAUCAGACAAAAUGGAAGGCUGAGCCUUUCGCAGAGUUGUAUGUGAGAGCAAGGAACGACAACUCUGCAUGAAGAUUGAUUUUGCAAUGGUCCUCUACCAAGUUUAUCCGAAUCAUGCCCCUGGGAACAGUAGUGGUCCCCGCCAUGAGAAACAACGCAUGCAUAGUCUGACAGUUACUCUGGAUGAGCCCAUUCUUCGAUUUGAACAUCACCUGAACAAUGUCCCUGAUGCGUGGGACUAGAGGAAACAAGGGUGUGUGGGUCCAGUUCAGGACCAAGGACAAAUGGGGGACGUGGUGCCGAUAGUUGCUACAGAGUGCGUUGAUAGUUUUCAUUGCACUAAAACGAGAAAACUGGUGUCCGCAAGCGUCGUAGAGAUGCAUGACUGUUGUGCCAAAACCCCAAUUGCUUCGAACCAUAUAUUUCAAUGCGUGCUCGACAUUGGUGGUCUGUGCUCAACUGGUGACUAUCCAAGAAGCACCAGUGUUUGUAAAAAUUCUACAUGCCAAGCUGUAGCUACGGUCAAUGGCGGGAAACAGGUACCGACAGGCGACGAGACAGCUAUGAAGGCGGCUGUUUAUACAACACCAGUGUUCGCCUUAGUGGACGCAAGCCAUCCAUCCUUUCAGUUGUACAGAGCGGGCACAUACAUCGAGCCGAGAUGCUCCUCCAGUAUGCUUGAUCACGCAUUGCAGGUGGUCGGGUAUGGAUCGGCGAGUGGUGUGGACUAUUGGAUAUGCAAGAACAGCUGGGGCGUCAACUGGGGUAUGCAGGGGUAUAUUUACAUAGCACGCAACAAAGGCAAUAUGUGCGGCAUAGCAAGCUUUACGUUAUACCAUGUUUAAUAAUGAUAUUUGUAUUAUGUUUAUAUUUACCGAUGUGUACAGCAAAGUAACUAGUGUUUCCUUUAUUUUAUGUCAUCUUUAUGUCAAUUAUAUUUAAGUUAUACCCAGUCUAGGGAUUUUAAUAUGCAUUUUUCAUGACAUUGCAUGUCAAUUUUAUCUUAGUCCAUUUUCAUUUCAAUAAUAUUGAGCUUAUUAUAGUUUGAAUGAUUAAAAAAAUCCUUUAUCA